UUUAAGAUACACACACUUAUAUCGGAAGUUAAUUGUACGCAUGAUUCGCAAAUAAAUAAGUAAAUAAGUGUCAUAACAAUGGCGUUUAGUUUAGCUGCUUUUUCAUAUAUUAUUUCACUAAUUGUUGAUGCAUUUCUUAUAUUUUUCGCGAUUUUCCAUGUGAUUGCAUUUGAUGAAUUAAAAACGGAGUAUAAAAAUCCCAUUGAGCAGUGCAAUAGUCUCAAUCCACUGGUACCUUUCGAGUAUGGGCUGCAUCUGCUGAUAAAUUUCUUAUUUUUAAUAAGCGGAGAAUGGUUCUCAAUUUUAAUAAACGCUCCGUUGAUAGCGUAUCACAUCAAUAGAUACUUGACGAGGCCGGUGAUGUCAGGUCCUGGCUUAUACGACGCUACUAGUAUUUUAAAUGCCAAUGUUUUGGCAAGAUGUCAAAGGGAAGGAUGGAUUAAACUUGCAUUUUAUCUACUUUGUUUCUUCUAUUAUUUAUACGGAAUGAUUACAUCACUUAUUCAUUAAAUGACUCUCAAGCUGCCAACAAAUACUAUAAUUUUUAUAUUAUUUAUUACUUAAGAUGGCAAAAAAUAAAUAUUAAGGGCAUCUAAAUUAUGAAUCUUCCAAAGUCUUGCCCUUAUUGGUUUAUUAGUCGACCAUAGUGCCACUCCUUGAGAUUGUUCCUAUGCAUAAGCAGUAACUUUUGCCUUAAAUUUAAUUAUUUUUACUAAUCGAACAAAUUUUAAUGCAGAUUUAAUGUAAAGCCUAAAGUUAUUUUAUCAUUCGCAUGUAGAAAUCUAGGCAGGUAAUUAAAUAAUCGUAUACAUGGUUAUGAAUUCAAGAGAUUUUAUAUUGUAAUUGUAAUAAUUAAUGAUGUACAGAUUUUUUACUCUAUCAAUACAUAAACAUCAUCGUAAUUCUA